AUGAGUACAUGGCAAGAGGCCCAGGACGACCAGGGCCGAACGUACUACUACAAUGUUACCACUCACGAGACCUCCUGGGAAAAGCCUGCUGAACCCCUGAGCCUGGGAUCGUGGAAAGCCUAUAAAACAGAGGAUGGAAGAGACUACUACCAUAAUGAGGAAACUGGGGAAACGACCUGGGAACGGCCCAGUGGGUUUGGCGAGCAGGGGGAUGUCAAUAUGGAAGAGGAAGAGGAGAAACCACCGCAGGAAGAAGAGCUUUCGGAGUUAGAUAAGGAAUUGCAAACACAGAAGGUGGACUCUGGCGAUUUGGAGAAGUACAAGGAUGUGCUGGAAGAGGAAGCUCAGGAACUUUACUUUGGCAUGUUGAAAGAGAAUAAUGUCGAUUCCACGUGGUCGUUCGAGAAGGUGAUUCUGACGUUUGUGAAGAAUCCAGCCUACUGGGCUGUCCGAGACCCUCUGAAGAGGAAGCAAUUGUACGACGAGUUUCUCGUGAACAAGCUACAGCUCGAAGCUCAAAACAAAACGCAGGCUAUAGAAAAUGCCAAAAGCAACUUCACGCUGGUUUUGGUGGAGUACCGUGACCAGGGCAAGCUUCAUAAACACUCUAGGUGGGUCACAUUGAAGGACACAUUGAUCAAGGAGGAGAAUCCGAUAUUCAAACACUCUGUGCUUGGAGAUGGCCAGCUAAGGUCCAUUUUCAACGAUUUCGUGAAAGAGCUCGCAGAGGAGGAGGAGCUGAAGCUUGAAAAGAGAAAGAGCGAAGCAUUGGCUGAACUAGAAACGUACCUUAACCAAGUGGUCCAGAGUCUCGAUACGAGUACACUCACAUGGGAAAAGCUCAAUUCCAUGCUACAAAAUGACUCUCGUUUCAAAGCCAACAAGCACUUUGCAGUUCUAGAUCAACUCGACAUUCUCGAACUAUACAUGGCCAAAGUGUAUCCAAAAAUCGAGAACGACAUCAAGACGCAAAUCACCAAGGCAGAAAAAGCCAACUACAGAGCUGACCGUAAGGCUCGUGAGGCGUUCAAGAAGCUUUUGGUUAAACAGGUCAAAAUCAAUGCAGGCACCUUGUUCAAAGAUGUGCUACCGCAGUUCGAGGAUGAGGACGCUUUCAUAGAACUCUGUGGCCGUAACGGAUCCACACCACUUGAACUUUUCUGGGACAUUGUGGACGAAAAGAGUCAGGAUUUGAAGGUGAAGAAGGAUCUCGUGGAAGCGGUUUUGCGUGAAUCCAAGAUUGACUAUGACGAAGUUCUCAGUUCGAAGGAGACAUUUGUUGAUACGCUUACAAAUAUCAAAGACGACCGUCUUUCUGCCUUUGAUUUGACUGAUGUGCUGGAGGACGGUGAGGUGCUGGUAAUCUAUAGCCAGCUUGUGCACGCUCAAACCAUCCUAGCUCAAAAAGCGAGAACGGAAUUCGAAAAACUGAUAGCAAACAGAGCCCACGACUUGGCUAAUUGGCUACAACAGAAUCUCGCGGAUAUCAGCAUACUAGUGGUUGCAGAGGAGGAAGUGGACGAGGACAAGACGAUCAUUUACAAAAAGGGCGACAAAUACAGUCUAAAGAAGCAUCUCGAUGACUUGCAGCAAUGGUCAGACGAGCUAAGUAAAACCCCCGUUUUUCAAAAAGCAGAGUCAACCGCAUCAAAGGUCUACAAGAACCACCCAGCCAAGAAAGCGGCACUCCUCGGUAAGUUGGUGAAAGAGAGCAUCACUGACCUCUCUCAAUCGUUGAAACCUUACUUGACUGCGGUGAGAACAUCGUUGACUGCAGCGAUCUGUUUGGAGGAUUUUUCCUCUCAGCUCGUUGAGAGACACAACCGUCCGGAAAUUGAGGUCGACAACAGCCACAACCCAGAGCUCAUUCUUAAUCCCGUGACGAUUUGCAGAAACGAGAACGAGAAGAUCUUGAUUGAGCCUUCCAUCAACUCUGUGAGAGUGUCCAUCAAAAUUAAGCAAGCAGAUGAGAUUGAGCAGAUCUUGGUGCACCAGUUCACCCGUUUCUUGACACAGAGAGCCGAGAACUUCUUCAUCUUGAGGCGAGUGCCUAUCAAGGGUUACGACAUCUCGUUUUUGAUCACAAACUUCCACACUGAACAGAUGUUGAAGGACAAGUUGGUGGACUUCAUCAUUGAGUUCAUGGAGGAGGUUGACAAGGAGAUCAGUGAAAUGAAGUUGUUCUUGAACGCUCGUGCCAGAGUCAUUGCCGAAAGCUAUUUGACUCCCUUUGACUAG